UACAAAGCUGGUGCUUUGACAAUCAAAGUUACUGCGAGUUAUGUUAGAUUGAGAGACCAAACUGAUCAUACAAGUCAGUGAUAGCACAAAUUUUGUUUUGUUUGAGACACAGUACGUUCGUCACAAUGAGACAGUCACCAUCAUCUUUGUCGUCAUCAUCCAAAUCCAUUUUUGGGAUUGGAACUCCUGAUGACACCACCAUGCUGGAGAGGAGCAGCUCCACCCCUUCCAGCAGGACUCCGGCGAGCUCGUGGCUGCCGCCGCCACGCAGCCCGCUCGGCGUCGACGAGGAGUACGACAGCGCCUUCAAGUCCAAGUCUUUCCUCGACCUGUGGUCGCACGCGCACCGCCACCUCAUGCACACCUUCUCCUCCGCCUCCUUCAAGCUCGCAUCGUCGUCGUCGUCCAAGUCCGGUGGCGUCAAGGACGGCGAGCCCGACGACGCGGCGGCAGCAGCCGCCACCUUGGAGCAGUCGUGCUCGUACACCGUUCUUGACGACUUCGUGCUGGAGCCCAGCCCGGAGGUGCUCGGGCGGGGCCGGCGGAGGCGGAGGCGCCGCGUCGAGAGGCUGCUCAUCGAGUACUUCGACGUGACGCAGGAGGCCUGCGAGGCGUGCUCCUCGCUCCUCGCCGCCAUCGGCGCGGCGCGGCGCCACCAGCUGACGCUCCGCCGCCUGCUCCACCGGCUGGAGGAGGAGGACAGCGACGACCCCGCCGCCGCGAGGGACGCCGUCGCGGCACACGUCCUCCUCGAUAACCCGCUGUCGCCGGGGCGGCUCGCGGGGUUCCACGAGGUGCACGGGCGGUGCGGCCCGCUGGCGGCGCGCCUGGCGUCGGCGCAGCGCCGGCUGCGGCGUCUGGCCCGGGCGAUGUGCGUGGCGCGGGGCACGGCCGCGGCGGCGCUCGUGGCGGCGUGCGCGGCCGCCGUCGUGGCCGCGGUGGUGUUCGCGGCGCACGCGGUGGUGGGCGUCGGGGCGGCGGCCGCGGCCGCGGGAGCAGGACCGGCCACCGCCGUGCGGUGGGCGGCCGAGCGGGUGAGUCCGAGGCACUACGCGCGGGCGGGCGCCGCGGUGGACGCGGCGGCGCGCGGCGCCUACAUCGUGGGGCGGGACCUGGACACGGUGAGCCGCAUGGUGCGGCGCGCGCACGACGAGCUGGAGCACGGCCGCGACGUGGCGCGCAUCGCGGUGCGGGGACGCGGCGAGCGGCCGCUGAUGCAGGAGGUGGCGAGGGAGGAGGCGGAGUGCGAGGAGGACCUCAGGGCGCUGCUGGAGGAGCUGGAGGAGCACGUCUGCCUCUGCCUCAUCACCAUCAACCGGAGCAGGAGGAUGGUGGCGCACGAGAUGACGCAAGGCUUGCCGCCGUCGCUGGAGGAGGCGACGCCGCCGCCGCCGCCGCCGUCCCAAGAUUAGCUUCGCAUCAAUCAUCUCUUAUAGCUAGCUAGUUCAUCAUUGUCCAUAUGAUCGAUUCUACAGUAGAAACGAGACGAAUAAUUGAGAGCGAAUUCUUUUUCAUGUACAGUACGUAGUUUACGAUUUUUUUUUUUGUGUGUGUGGGCUGAGGUACUGAUGUACAAAGCAACUCCUUUGAACUUGUUGAGAUAGAUAUAGACACACACACAUAGAGAGAGAGAGAGACAACA